AACGAGACCCGAACAGUUUCUGAUAUGUACGUUUGUCUGUCACCGGAACAGGUCUGUCUUAUCCUACGAUUUUCCGCACUCAAGCUAAAGAGAACUGGAUUGUUCUCUUCUGCUCAACUGACAAUUAUGACCAUGGCAUCACAGGCCUCGCAGUCUUGCUUGGAGCAGAGAGUCCAGAAGCCCAUGACACUAAGCAUGGAAACCAACGCCCACGCUACUGUUGCAGCUUCUGACGUCGGCACACUUUCGUCGAACAUUCCGCACGAAGACCUAACCGACGCUCGGUACUCGGGAAUUCUGAAGGACCUGUCAUCCCAUCUCAUGGAACGCCAUCAAACCGAUAGGACUUCUGGGUACUGUGCAUGGAACUACAUAAUUAUCCUCCUUGCACUCAUCAUCUUGCUCAUACUCGUCGGCUUACUAUACCUGGCUUAUAAGUACCGCGACCAUGAAGAUUCCACACUGUGUAAGACGACUGCGUGCUAUAUGUACCGAGACAUGCUCAAAGACUCUAUGGAUUUUGAGAUGAAUCCCUGCAACAAUUUUUAUCAGUACGUCUGCAGCAGGUGGGACAAGAACCAUAAUGUCCCGACGUACAGGCAGCACUUAGACGAGUUCUUCAGGAUUCUUUUUAAAACGCUCGAAGUGAAGGUUGCCUUUCAGCACCAAAGUGCUGUAGAGAAAGCAAUUAGCUUCUUUCAGUCGUGUAGGAAAGCUAUAUUUGCACGUGGUCGCGAGAGUGGAGAGUAUAAGACACUAAAGAGUAUCUGGGUCAAGUGCGGUAUCCUAUGGCCAAUAGCGAACCAGUACUCCAACAUUUUGAGGACACUCAUUUGCAUAUAUGACAGCUUCUACGUGAGCAACGUUUUGGGCAUCGAGAAACGGCAGGAUACGUCGCUACCGUUUGUGUUUCCGGGCAGCGAGAUCGCCGCUUUUGAACGCUACGGUCAGACAAUCAAGAAAGUGAAACGAUACCAAGAAUAUUAUGAGAGGCUGAGAGAUUUGAUGAAAACCCCAGGUACGAAAAAAGAAGCGAUUCAAACAUACGAAGAUUUUCUCCACGUUGAAGAUGUUGUCCAUCGCCACCUCUUGAAAGAGGAGUUUUCGACGGUUAAAUAUGCACGCAUAAAUUCCAGUGAACUCGCUGAAUUGACGCCUAACAUACCUGCGGCAGAGUGGGAACAAGUGUUCAAAUCUGAAUACCAACUUGAGAGCCCAAUGGUGGACGUACUCAACACGGACUACAUGAUAGCAUUUAACGAAGUAUUAAGUGAAGUUGGUGCUGUUGAGCUUCAUCGUUAUGUUGGCUGGAUAAAUGUUCAGCAGAUGGCCUCGUAUAUAAAUUGGGAAUUCUUUUCAACUUUCCUGGGAAAACGAGACCUAACCGUAACUGACCUGCAGCCGUGUCUCUCCCGCACUGAAGGUUUCAUGGGCUGGGCAACCUUCGCGCGCUACGCAACUGACUAUUUGGAUAAUAGCACCCGCGAAGACAUGCAUCACAUCAUUGGAGCCAUCGGAAGAACUCUUUCUCAGAAAUUGUCUUCUAGUACUUGGCAAGUAGACCAAGCCCCAGAUGCUCACCAAAAUGUUCAGAGAAGCUUGAAUGGACUCCUGCUUUAUGCUGACAGGUUCGCUCGCCCGGAAGAUAUGGAUGUGAUACUCUCCAACAUAAGCGACAUGGGUGGGCACGUGUUGCUGAACUGGAUGAACGCAUCUAAGGAAUCGACCAAAAUAGACCCCUAUCUUUUCUCUUCAAUAAUUACUUUUUUUCAAAGACAGAUGGAAGUGGCAUACUACACUUUCUGGAAUAGGGACCAGGAGAUUUUCUUGAUGCCGCCUUACGUUGCGAUGCUACCGGUCUACAACAGGGACAUCAACAACGCGGUCAAGUACGGCGCUUUAGGAACUUUGAUAGCAGACACUGCCACAAAGCUCAUGUACCGCAAUUAUCCGUCCAUACGACUCAGAAACUGGCCGUGUUUAAGUGACUCUUUAGACGGGGGUGUGUAUGACAGAGAUGUCGUCACUUCUGCAUUGUCUUUGCACAUUGCCUGGGAAGCAUUCCAAGCUGCUCCUUCGCCCGAACUUCGUUUGCUACCAGUGUUGCACGAUACUCAACUAUUCUUCGUGGCUGCCUGUUUUCUAAUGUGUGGAGGGAGCGACGCGAAACGAUUUGUGCGCAAGUGCAAUGAACCACUCAGGCACAGCCUGGCAUUCUCAACAGCGUUUUUGUGUCCCGAAGAUUCCCCAAUGAACGCUAAAAAGAAAUGUGCCUUCUUUUAAUAUAUUAAUUAGUAAGCUGCUGACAAAGGCGAAACAUCUGCGGUGAAGGAGGAGGGAGGUGUUGUCAGUCAACCUUGAUGAAGGCCUGUUUCUUCUGUGUCCAAUGACGGUACUUUAUUGGCUUAUUUCUUAAUGUAUGCUUCAUUUAGACGUACUGCUUUGCGCGCACAAUAAAGUGAUCGAUCAU